UUUAUAAAUUUUUUGUAAAAAUAAAAUAAUGUGUGGAAUUUGUUAACAAAGUGUCAUUAAUUUAAGAAAAUCAAUGUUCGUAAUCAAAGAGAUAAAGAUUUUUAGCUUAAAAUUUAAGAAAGACAAUGACUCUUUAGACCUAUAUUUUAUACUUUGUAGGAAAGACUUUGAAUUAAUUUUAGUCAUUAAACCAAAAUUUCCCACUUUAUGAGCUAAUAAGUUUAAAGUCAACCAUUGGCUUCCUUGACUAAGAAUACAAAAGCAAAAGCAUUGAAGAUUUGUCCAAAACCAUCAAAUAUGAUGAACCUUAAUUUUGUUGCUUCUAGAAAAUCCCAGUCCCAGCCAUAUUGGAACAGGUUUUAAAAUUUAUGUGAUAUGUUUUUUUUUUUCCCAUCAUGAUUGGAUUCUUUGUUUACCACUUGCUGGGUCUCUGUCUGUUUGUUUGUCACAAAUUGUUGAAUUAAAAUUAGCAUUUAACAUUAGUUUGUCUUGUUUCUUGUUAGGCCCAAUCAGGAAGUAUCCUUGGGGGCACCUGCUUUUUUUUUUUUUUUUUUAUGAUUAUGAAUUACUAUUACAAUUUAAAACCAUAUACUUAAGAAAUUAAAAAAUUAAUUUAUCUGUUUCAGUGGCCAAAUUAAAAAAAAUUUCAACCCUUUCCAAACCUCACCCAAAGCAUUAAUCUAACACUGCUUGCGUUAAAUUAUAAUUUUUUGUAAGCAAAAUAAUUUUAUUAUUUUAUAUAUAUUUUUAAGCAUUUUAAUUUACCAUCAUAUUUUUCUUAAUAAUUUUAAACACUUAAAAUUUUAAGUUAUUGUUAUAAUAAUGUUUUUUCCCCUGAAUUUUCCUCCACAGUGUGGCGAGCAUUAUCGCUACGUGUCAUUAAAACAUUGGUCCUUUUAGAUUUUAGCACCAAUCUCACAAAUUAAAGGACCCCACACUUCAUCUUACCCACCGUCCGAUCAUCAUCGCAACACUCUAAAACUGCCAUUAUGCUUAAAACAAUGUAUCCAAACAGCUAACGUACGGCCAAUAAUUUUUGACGAAGUCAACAACGACGGCGACGACGAAGAAGAAGAAAGAAGCAGAAAGAAAGGAGGGACGUCUAUGGAAGUUCCGAUACUAUCGUUAACACCGAAGACGACGACGUCGUACUUGGGAUCAUGUUGCUUUUUUUCUUCUUUUUCUUAUUCCUCUAAUUCGAAUUUCAAGUUGCUUUGUGAGAUUGGGGUGAGAAAGAUGAGAAUGUCGGUGCAGUGCGCAAAGGCGUCCGUGGAACGGAGUGGUGAAGCUGCCAUUAAAGAGAGAGAAAGGUUUACGGCAAGUGCCAUGGAAGUGACCACACUGGAUCGAAGCUUGGGUGAAGCUGCGGAUUUUCCUGUUUGGGAUAAGAUUGGUGCUGUUGUUAGACUCAGCUAUGGAAUCGGGAUAUAUGGAGUAAUGGCUCUAGCUGGGAGGUUUAUAUGUUCAGUUACUGGAAUCGACAGCAUGGGAGGUUUUCAUCCUUCAUUAGAUGCCAUUCUUGUAGGACUUGGCUAUGCAGUUCCUCCAAUCAUGGCCCUUCUUUUCAUAUUAGAUGAUGAAGUAGUGAAACUAUCUCCCCAAGCUCGUGCAAUAAGAGAUGUGGAGGAUGAGGAAUUAAGGAGCUUCUUUUAUGGAAUGUCACCUUGGCAGUUCAUACUUAUGGUCGCUGCUAGCUCAGUUGGAGAGGAGCUUUUCUACAGAGCUGCUGUUCAGGGAGCAUUGGCUGAUAUAUUCCUGAGAGGCACUGAGUUGGUUUCGGAUGCUCGAGGAAUGGCAUCUCUUACAGGUGUGCUGCCUCCUUUUGUCCCAUUUGCCCGGGCAUUUGCAGCUGUAAUAACAGCUGCUCUUACAGGUUCUCUUUAUUAUGUGGCUGCUUCUCCAAAAGAUCCUACUUAUGUAGUUGCACCACUUCAACGAUCCCGUUCUGCUCGUGAAGAUCUGAAAAAACUAUUCACAGCGUGGUAUGAGAGGAGAAAAAUGAAAAAGAUCUACUCUCCCCUUUUGGAAGGAAUAUUGGCCCUUUACCUUGGGUUUGAAUGGAUCGAGACAAACAACAUUCUUGCACCCAUUAUCACACAUGGUAUAUACUCGGCUCUUAUAUUGGGACAUGGUCUUUGGAAGAUACAUGACCACCAGCGGAGGCUACGCCAGAGAAUUCAACAGCUUAAAUCGGAAGGAAAGAACUCGACCAAACUAUGAAGGAGCUGUCAGAUGAGUAACAACUGAGGAAUGGAAGAAUUUUGUAUAUCACACAGGAUCUAGAAAAAAAGUAGCAGUAUCAUUUGGAUUAGGAUUGUUGUAUAAUGUACAAAUAUGUUGUAUACUAACAGUGUGCUGAAGAAAGAUGAGGCACGCCCAAUGCAUUAAAAAAUAA